UCUAUGAUAAAUUUGUCAAAUCAUCGUUUUAUUUGUGCCUGUUUCACGAAAUAUCUGUAAUUUUGAGCAAUAAUUAUUUGAAAUAAUAAAUUAAGUGAUAAAUAAUCAAGAUGAAUAUAACGUCAGCCGCGGGGAUUAUAUCCCUGUUGGACGAACCAAUGUCCGAGGUAAAAGAAUUUGCUUUGAAGAGGUUGGACAACAUCGUCGAUGAGUUUUGGCCUGAAAUAUCGGAGUCAAUCGAAAAGAUCGAGAUUCUCCAUGAAGAUAAGGUGUUUUCUCAGCACCAGCUCGCCGCGCUAGUGGCCAGUAAAGUGUAUUACCACUUGGGUGCAUUUGAGGAUUCACUGACGUACGCAUUAGGAGCUGGUGAUUUGUUCGACGUGAACGCUCGCAACGAGUAUGUGGAUACGACGAUUGCGAAGGCUAUCGACUUUUACACUCAGAAGAGGAAGAUGCUGUUCCUGUACAAUGCUGGGGAGACGAUCGACCCGCGGCUGGAAGCCAUCGUGAACCGGAUGUUCCAGCGCUGCCUGGACGACGGCCAGUACCGCCAAGCCCUGGGCCUGGCGCUCGAGACCCGCCGCAUGGACAUUUUCGAAGAAUCCAUCAUGAAAUCUGAUGAUAUAGCUGGAAUGCUUCAGUAUGCCUUCACUGUUGCGAUGAGCCUACUCCAGAACAGAGGCUUCCGCAGCACAGUUCUUCGGUCACUGGUGGGUCUCUACAGAGGUCUUAACAUCCCUGACUAUGUCAACAUGUGUCAAUGUCUUAUAUUUUUGGAAGAUCCUCUUUCAGUAGCAGAAAUCCUUGACAAGCUAACACAUGGGCCCCAAGAGUCAGUCUUGAUGGCAUAUCAAAUAGCGUUUGAUUUAUAUGACUCGGCUACACAACAGUUCCUAGGAAGAGUUUUACAAGCCUUGAGAAGCACCGCUCCAAUACCCAGUGCACUUGGUGGGAAGCCACAACCACAAGGAGGACCAUUCCCUGAAUCUUCAAUGGAAGUGGACCAGGCACCAGCUGAAGAGACAAAAAAACCUGAAAGAGACAUUGAAAGUUUGAAUGAUGAAGAAAAGGAACAUCAAAGAAGAGUAGAGAAGCUGAUAUCUAUUUUAGGCGGUGAUGUUUCUAUCGGCCUACAAUUACAAUUUUUAAUCAGAUCCAAUCACGCUGACAUGCUCAUUUUGAAAAACACCAAGGAUGCCAUCAGGGUGUCCAUAUGCCACACAGCAACUGUGAUUGCCAAUGCAUUUAUGCAUGCCGGAACAACUAGUGAUCAGUUCCUUAGAGAUAAUUUAGAGUGGCUAGCACGAGCCACAAACUGGGCGAAACUAACAGUAACAGCUUCCUUGGGAGUCAUACAUAGAGGACACGAAAGUGAAUCCUUAGCUCUCAUGCAAUCUUACCUGCCCAAAGAGGCUGGACCAUCAUCAGGGUAUUCUGAAGGUGGUGGUCUAUAUGCUCUUGGUCUGAUCCAUGCCAACCAUGGUGCUAAUAUCAUUGACUAUCUUUUAACCCAGUUAAAAGAUGCACAGAAUGAAAUGGUACGACAUGGUGGUUGCUUGGGUCUUGGUUUGGCUGCUAUGGGAACUCACAGACAAGAUGUAUAUGAGCAACUGAAGUUCAACCUGUACCAAGACGACGCCGUCACCGGUGAAGCAGCCGGCAUUGCCAUGGGUAUGGUCAUGCUGGGAUCGCGUCACGCUGCGGCUAUAGAAGACAUGGUUGCCUAUGCUCAAGAAACUCAACACGAGAAGAUAUUGCGUGGCUUGGCAGUUGGUAUUGCCUUUACUAUGUAUGGGAGACUUGAAGAAGCUGAUGCUCUUGUUCAGCAACUUUUGAGAGACAAGGAUCCAUUGUUGCGUCGUGCCGGAUGCUACACUAUCGCUACGGCGUAUUGCGGCACUGGUAAUAAUAACUCCAUUCGCACUUUACUCCACGUAGCCGUUUCUGACGUCAAUGAUGAUGUGCGGCGUGCUGCAGUUACUGCUCUAGGAUUUUUACUGUUCAGAACACCAGAACAAUGCCCAUCAGUUGUAUCUCUAUUGGCUGAAUCCUACAAUCCACACGUUCGUUACGGUGCUGCUAUGGCUUUGGGAAUAGCUUGUGCAGGCACUGGAAACCGUGAAGCCAUUGGCCUCUUGGAGCCUAUGGUGAAAUUUGAUCCUGUAAACUUUGUUAGGCAAGGAGCUCUGAUCGCCUCUGCUAUGAUUCUUAUUCAACAAACUGAGGCUCUUUGCCCGAAAGUAACUUACUUCCGCCAGCUGUAUGCCCAAGUUAUUUCUAACAAACAUGAAGAUGUCAUGGCGAAGUUUGGCGCCAUCCUGGCCCAAGGUAUCAUUGAUGCUGGAGGCCGCAAUGUGACUGUUUCACUGCAGAACAGGACUGGCCACAUGAACAUGCUUGCUGUUGUGGGAAUGUUAGUUUUCACUCAGUAUUGGUACUGGUUCCCACUUGCUCACUGCUUGUCACUGGCUUUUACACCUACAUGUGUAAUUGCUCUAAACUCUGAUUUGAAGAUGCCACAAAUGGACAUCAAGUCUAACUCCAAACCAUCCUUGUAUGCAUACCCUGCUCCUCUGGAAGAAAAGAAACGUGAGGAAAGAGAGAGGGUUACUACUGCCGUCCUGAGUAUUGCUGCAGCCAGAGCUCGCAGGAGAGCGCAUGGCACUGAAGGGUCUGCUAGCAGCGUUACCUCGUCAACAACCUCCAAAAUGGAUGUCGAUGAAGAAGAAAAGAAGCCAUCUAAAUCACCUAACCCAAACAUUACUGUUCAUGGAAAAACUGAUAAGGAUGCUGGAUCAUCCAAGGAAACUAAGAAAGAAGAAAAGGAAGGAGAUGAGAAGGAAACAAAGGAAAAGAAAGAACCUGAACCGACAUUUGAGAUCCUUAGCAACCCCGCCAGAGUAAUGCGUCAGCAACUGAAAGCCUUGACAAUUGUUGAGGGUUCUGGCUUUACACCAUUAAAAGAGCUCACCAUUGGAGGCAUUGUCAUGUUGAAUCACUCUGGAGAUCAAGAACAGGUGCUUGUGGAACCUGUAGCAGCUUUUGGUCCCAAGACUGAGGAAGAAAAGGAGCCUGAGCCCCCUGAACCUUUUGAAUACCUUGAUGAUUGAUAUAGUCUCUUUGGUUAAGAAAUUUGCAUCAGUUAUCAUUAGGACCAUAUUAAUAUGAAUGUGAAAUGUAUUGAACAAGUUAUUGAUAGA